AAUGAAUCAAAAUUCAAAUAGCUAUAUAUGUCGGUUUUUCUUCACAGCUUGACUUAUUUAAUGGUAGCAGUGCACUCCUUAACAUUAUAUAAGAUAAGAGUAUGAAAGCUAGCUAAGCCAGAGCCACCAUAUCCUUCACAAGCAUUCAUAUCGAUCAUACUCAAUUCAUCAACAAAAAAAAAAUGGAAUCAUCAUCACUUCAAACCCCAAAGCCUCAUGCUGUAUGUGUACCCUUUCCAGCCCAGGGUCAUGUGAGUCCCUUCAUGCAACUAGCCAAACUCCUUCGAUGCAUGGGCUUCCACAUAACGUUUGUCAACACUGAGUUCAACCACAAUCGUUUCAUCAAGUCUCUUGGACCAGAGUUUGUAAUGGGGCUACCAGAUUUUCAAUUCGAGACCAUACCGGAUGGUUUGCCGCCAUCCGAGAAGGACGCUACUCAAGAUGUUCCUACACUGUGUGAUUCAACAAGGAAGAAUUGUUAUGAACCGUUUAAAGAGUUGGUGAAGAGGUUGAACUCUUCUUCGCCUCCGGUGAGUUGCGUAAUUGCAGAUGGCACGAUGGGAUUUGCUGGAAGAGUGGCGAAGGAAUUGGGUAUUCAAGAGCUUCAGCUAUGGACAGCUUCUGGAUGUGGGUUUGUGGGAUACUUGCAAUACGACGAGCUUGUCAGAAGAGGCAUUCUUCCUUUCAAAGAUGAAAACUUUAUCAACGAUGGCACUUUGGAUACAAGUUUAGAUUGGAUAUUUGGCAUGAAUCAUAUGCGACUUAAAGACCUUCCAAGCUUCAUUAGAAUCACCAAUCUAAAUGAUAUCAUGUUUGAUUUCUUGGGUUCUGAGGCACGAAAUUGUUUGAAAUCGUCUGCAAUCAUUAUUAACUCAUUCCAAGAAUUGGAAGGUGAAGCCCUUGAUACCCUUAAGGCCAUUAACCCAAACAUAUACAGUAUUGGCCCACUUCCGUUGCUUAGUAGGCAUUUUCCGGAAAAGGACAAAGGUUUCAAUGCAAGUGGGUCAAGUUUUUGGAGAAGUGACUCUGAGUGCAUGAAAUGGCUUGAUAAAUGGGAACAUUCCUCAGUCAUAUAUGUCAACUAUGGAAGCAUAACUGUUAUGAGUGAGCAUCACUUGAAAGAAUUUGCUUGGGGAAUAGCAAAUAGCAAGGCACCAUUUUUAUGGAUUAUGAGACCGGAUGUAGUAAUUGGUGGAGAAUCUAUAACUCUGCCACAAGAGUUCUUAGAUGAGACUAAGGAUAGAGGAUACAUUACAAGUUGGUGUGUUCAAGACCAAGUGCUUGCUCAUCCAUCAAUUGGAAUCUUUCUAACUCAUUGUGGCUGGAAUUCUACAUUGGAAUGUAUAUCUUCUGGUGUGCCUAUGAUUUGUUGGCCUUUCUUUGCCGAGCAACAAACAAAUUGCAGGUAUGCUUGCACAACAUGGAGAACAGGGAUGGAAAUUAACCAUGAUGUUAAGAGAGAGGAGAUAACAUCCCUAGUGAAUGAAAUUAUGAAUGGAGAAAAGGGCAAGGAAAUUAGACAAAAUAGUUUGGAGUGGAAGAAGAAAGCAAUAGAAGCUACUGAUUUAGGUGGAUCAUCUUACAAUAAUUUCCAUAAGUUAGUAAAGGAUGUUCUUCAUCACAAUGUUCUCUGAAUCUAUAUUUUACCAAGUGUUAUGAUAAAGUAGAUUCUGUUCAGAUGCAGUUGAUGUGGCUUGUAACCUUUAGUUGAAGUGUUUGCAUUUAUAUUUAUUGUUUCA